CAUAGACUGGAUUUGAGGAGCCCAUUCACGCGGGGAAACAUAGCUGCGUCGGGACGGGUCGGGGAAAACAACUCAUUGAAGCAUCAUUAAUCUCAGAGAUACAGAGACAAACCCGCGUUCUCUACUUCCCUAUUGGGUAGACAAGCCCAGCCUUCCCGCGCAGGCGCGGGGGACAAACCACAGAGUAGAACAGCAGGACUCGGUAGAGUGGCUCUGGGCGUGCGCGCGCCAUCGCGUCUGCUCCGGCGUUCCGUCCUCCCUGGCAGUCUUCGAGGGCUUCCGGUUCCAGCGCGGUCUGGGUUCCCCGUCUUUACUCAGGAGCUCCUAGGUCCUUUACAAGGGAGUUAUUGAAAUCCUGGUAAAUCUUUUGUAUAGCUAUAAUGGCUUCUACUGGUGAUACCGAGAUCUGUAAGAACCAGGAUGGAGGUUUGGAAAUAAAGAUGGAGGAAGAGUGUAAGUAUACCGCCAGACAGGACUGGAGCCUGCAAAAGAACACUUAUAACAGAGAAGUCUUCCGAAAGUUCUUCAGACAGUUUAGCUACCAGGAAACAUCUGGACCCCGCGAGGCUUUGGACCGACUCCGGGAACUUUGCCGUCAGUGGCUGAGACCUGAUACUCACACCAAGGAGCAGAUCCUGGAGCUGCUGGUGCUGGAGCAGUUCCUGACCAUCCUGCCGGAGGAGCUGCAGGCCUGGGUGCAGGAGCAGAACCCCGAGAGUGCGGAGGAGGUGGUGACUGUGCUGGAGGAUUUAGAGAGAGAGCUUGAUGAACUAGGAUACCGGGCCUCAGUGCAAACUGAAGAACAGAAAGUGUUUUUGCAGGAGACGAAGACUUUAGGAGCAGAGCCAGAACCCAGUGCAUCCCAUCAGCUUGUGAAAGCCAGGCUGAAGUGUGAACCUGCAGAAUGGGAAGCCCCAGAGGAGCAAGUUUCAGGUGUUGAGACUGGAAAUAUAACUCUAAAGCAAGACCUUUGUGAAGGAAUGGAAGCUGAACAGAAUACCUCCAGCGGGUUAGCAAAGGAUGCGGUUCAGUGUCAAGAAACCCGUGACCCUGGAGAGGAACCUUCUAGCGCUUCUAGUGAGGACAACCGGCCUCUGCCUAAUGAAAAUGGGACAGACUUGCCUGAGAACUCAGACCAUGUUAAAGACCAGAACGUCUCUCCAGGACGGAAAUUGUAUGGAUGUGAGGACUGUGGGAAAACGUAUAGUCAGCACUCACGCCUCCUCGAACACAAGAGCGUCCACACUGGAGACAAGCCCUACAGGUGUGAAGUAUGCGGGAAAACCUUCCGGUGGAAGACUGUGCUUAUUCGACACAAGGUGGUGCACACUGGAGAGAAACCAUACAAGUGUAAUGAAUGUGGCCGGGCCUUUGGCCAGUGGUCAGUCCUUAACCAACAUCAGAGGCUUCAUUCGGGAGAAAAGCACUACCACUGCAAUGAGUGUGGCAAGGCCUUUUGCCAGAAAGCAGGCCUCUUUCACCAUCUCAAGAGCCACAAAAGGAACAAACCUUACCAGUGUCUAAAGUGUAGCAAAAGUUUCAAUCGCCGGUCCACACUCACUCAGCACCAAGGAGUUCACACUGGCGCAAAACCCUAUGAGUGCAACGAAUGUGGCCGAGCUUUUGUGUAUAAUUCCUCUCUUGUUAGCCAUCAGGAAACGCACCACAAGGAGAAAGCCCUCGCUCAAAGGGGUCCUUCUCGGCGGCAGAGAAGCCGCACCAGGGAGAAGCCCUACACACGUGAUGUCUGUGGGAAAGGCUUUGCUCAGAAAUCAAGUCUUACAGAACGUGAGCAAAUUCAUGCUGGAGAGAGACCCUGUUAAUGUGCGGAGCGUGGGAAGGCCUUUAUUCGAAGGGCAGUCCUCACGAAACAUCUGGGAAUCCACGGUGGGGGGCUCCACAAGUGUGCUGAGUGUGAGACUGCCUUCCCGGAAAGCACCGGCUUCAUUUAACAUCAGGGAAUCCACAGUGGGGAGAGGCCCCACAAGUGUGAGUGUGGCCAGACCUUCAGACAGAGGUCAGACCUUAGUAAGCCCAGAGAAUUCAUGGUAGAAGUGGCCCCUCUGAGGGUAACACGCGUGGGGAAUUGCCCAGGCCGAGCUCAGCUCCUGCUCAUCAGAUGCUCACAAAGGAGCAGGAACUCUUUCUGUGCGGUGACUGCAGGGCAGCCAUCUCCCAGCGUGCAGGACAAUGACAAAGACUAUUUGUAAUGCUUUGUAGCCACACUUCAGCCCUUGGUACUGUAAGGAGACCAUAAAUAUUUGAUGGCAUCCACUGUGUACUGCUCAUUGUAUGGGGCCACGAAGGAAAGAAGUCUUAUCACCAGAUUUCUUAGAGCCCAGCCUGGGAUGUGAAAAUCUGCCAUAGUUAGUUAAAAAGGACAGUGGAUUGAUGCUCAGUGUGUUUUAGAAUUAAAAUAGGAGAUGUUAAGUAUCGUAAAUUCUGAAGAACAGAUUGUUUGUACACUAGGUCAGGGAAGAGUUCCUGAAAGAUUUUGUUGAAAAUAAGGGUAUGAUGGAUUGACUUGGUAGGCAGAAGGAAGAAACACAUGUGGGUAAAACAGAGGUGAGCAGAAGCAAGAAUUUGGGUGUUUCAGAAGCAUCGGUGAUGAGACUAGCCAUCCUACUGGAGAGCUGAUUUUCAGAGCUUAACCGAUGGGUAUUAGUUGGAAGUAGCUUGGGGACAGAGUAGGAGAGUUCCAGUGCUAGGAAUGCUAGCCAACAGUUGGCAGUGCUUUGACACAGAACACUCUUUUUUUUUUUUUUUGGUUUUUCGAGACAGGGUUUCUCUGUGGCUUUGGAGCCUGUCCUGGAACUAGCUCUGUAGACUAGGCUGGUCUUGAACUCACAGAGAUCCGCCUGCCUCUGCCUCCUGAGUGCUAGGAUUAAAGGCGUGCGCCACCAUCGCCCGGCCGACACAGAACACUCUUCUCUUCAUCUCUGAAAUAGCUCUAAGUACAAGUUCACUUUAGGAAUGAUGCUUGUCCAUCUCAGCACUGUGAUGCUGAGACAGGAGGAUUAGUUCUGUGCUGUCUUUGGUUUCUUAGGAAAUUCAAAGCCAGACUGAACUACAUGAGACCUCAAGAAAAAGAAAAGAGGAUGCUAGGGGCUGGAAAGGUACCUCAGCAGUUCUGAGCACUUCUUGCUCUUGCAGAAGAUUUGGAUCACCCACAGGGUGGCUCAAAGCCACCCAUAACUCCAGUUUCAGGUUAGCUGGUGCCCUCUUCUGACCUCUGUGGAGUACAAGGCACACAGGUGGUGCAUUUGCAUACAUGCAGGCAAAACACUCCUACACAUGGAAACCUAGUUAUUGGGACUGGCUUCUCAGCCUGUCUAUUAUGCCUGUGAAACUCCGACGUGGUUGGACAUCUGCAUCAUGUAUUUAAAAUGCCUCUGCACACUGAAUGAGGCCCUCGGUUCAAUCCCCAAAGCUUUGAAGGAGAUCAGACUCAAAAUAGAGUGGAAUGUGGCUAGGUAGAGCCAGAUUGGCAACCCAGACUAAGGGUCAAAUGGAGGCCAUGACAGGUGGGAGGUGUGUAGUGGGGUGCACCAGUUCGUGACACAGUGAGCAGAGUGUUGUGUGAUGGCCCCCGAGGACAUCUUUUUGUAGUUAUGUAGCCCAGGGUGGUCUCAGGUUUUUGAUAGCCCUCCUACCUCAGCCUUCUAAGUGCUAGGAUUGCUGCUCUGAGCUGUGAACCUGAUUCCCUCUGUGUCUUAAUGUAGAUUUGGAAAUGCACAGCAGGAAGCCGGGGGGGGGGGGGGGGGGGGGGGGGGGGGGGGGGGGGAUGGAAGAACAAAGUGGGUUCAAGGUGGAAGAAAUGCAGCCAGUAAUCCAACAGUCAAGUAGAAGUAGCCGCUCAGGUUGUCUGGCUUCUUGUUUUAUAAUGAAUUCACUUUGAGACAUUUCAUGGUGAAACAAUGCACAAGUGGUUGGGAAAGACAUAAUCGUAAACACAGGCUGAGUUUGGAUUCCAUUUGCUCAAAGUCACGUAGUGUACGGUCGGAUCAGGUUUGAACACAAGCAGCUGUGUUCCAGAUCAUAUACUUUAAGUUCUUCCACAUGGUGCUUAUUUUAGUGGUCUUCAGGACCCUGCAUAAUUUUUUACAGACAGUUUCAGCUCCUUUUAGCCUAAGUAGGAAAGCCCAGACCCUCAUCCGAACACCUCAGUAUUCUGGUAUCAUUGUCUCUCCAUAGUAAAUCUUGUGCAAUUUGGCCAGUGUGUCCAUAAACGUCAGCUCCAGUGGUAAUCAGAACAGGGAAGAUUUGCAGAAACCGUCUACCUCAAAAGUGAGCCCUUAUCUAAGGAUCAGCUUUCAUCCUAAAACAGUAAUUCAGACUCUGCCUUCCUAUCAAGAGACGGGAUAUCUUCUUCUCAGUACAAAUCCUAUUUAGAGAGAUAGCUCAAAUGGCGUUGACUCAGCACGUCUGUUGUUAACAAGGACUCUUAUACUGUAGCCCUGGCUGGGAAGGGAGCUGGUGGCAGAACUGUCACCCAGCACUCAGGAGGCUGAGGCAUGAGGAUCUUUGAACUCAGUAGUGUAGGACUAGUCUGGACAACAGGUUCUGUCUCGCAGCAGGAAGAUAGAAAGUAUAUUCUAUAAAAUGGGCCUGGGAAGCAGCAGUUGUGGAGCGGCUUGCUUAAUCUUGGACUUGUUUUCUGGCACUGAAAAAAAUGUUUUCAUUUGCCUUAGUUUUUCCUCUUAGAGGUCAGAAGGUGCUCUGCUAAUUCUAAAGGCCACAAAUCAUGGAGUAACAAGUGUCUCCACCCUGGGAAUAACCACUUGCUGACUUUUACUUGAAUCUCUUUCCAGCUUCUAUCCCUAAUUGAAAGUUCUCAUAUUGCAACCCCUCCAGAAACUUAUCUUACUAGUUUUUCAUAUCUCUUCCAAAUGUACAUCAGAAUGAUUGGCAAGGCAUCCUUGCACAUUUUUGUAGAUUUAUACUGUUUCUGUAUGUAUUGUAUAAACAGUUCAUAUUUGUGAAUUUUUAUUGUAGCACAAUUAAUAAAAGCCCAGAGACAGAUAUUGGGGUUCAACCUGAAGGUCGGAAAAGCAAAACAGCCAGCCACUAAUUCAUCUCUACCUCAGUACAAAAUGGUGAUCCUGCCUCCAGGAAUUCUCAAAAUGAGACUGACCAAGAGCUGUCUCCUCCCAUCUUAUAUACCUCUCUAGUGCUGGGAUUAAAGGCAUGCACCAGUACUACCUACCUGGUUUCUAUGCCAAACUAGUGUGGCUGCUGGGAUUAAAGGUGUGUGUCACCACUGCCUGGUCUGUAAGGUUGACCAGGGUGACUGUUUUACUCUCUGAUCUUCAAGCAAGCUUUAUUUAUUAAAAUACAAAUGAAAUAUCACUAUACCCCCUCCCCUUGGGGUUCAGGGAAUCCCCUGGAAGAGGAGUCAGAGAGUUAGAGCCAGAGGGGAUGGAAGACACCAAGGAAACAAGACCUUGUAGACAACAGGGCUAUGCACAUAUGAACUCAGAGACUAUGGCAGCCUGCACAGGGGCUGCAUAGAUCUGCACACCAAAUGGGUUCCUAGAGUUGAAAGAACUGGACACAUCUCCAUCCCUAACCCAGAAGCUAGCUCCGAUUGAAAACCAUUUGCAAAUAAAAAGUUAGUUUUCUCCAAGAGGGUUUCACUCUACUCUUAAGGGUAGGCCCUGUGUUCAGCAGUAGAUGACCAACAUGGAACAAAGUCAACGGUCAGGGACAUUUUUUGGUUUUGUUUUGUUUGUCUUUUUUACCUUGUUGGUCUCUCUCUCUCUCUCUCUCUCUCUCUCUCUCUCUC